AAGUGCACACCUUUAGAGGAGUUAACCUUGAUAACCAACUGUGUGCGGACAGGAUCCGAAGCUUUCCGUCUGAUAAUGAGCUCGAGAGCAGCAUGUGCGGAUGAUCCACUACAGUGUUUAUCAAAUAUUUGGGAACGCUUGGAUCAACGUUUUGGUAGUGCCGAGUUACUAGAGUCAACCUUGAAAACAAAAUUGUUCAACUUGCCGAACAUGAUUGACCGUAAAGAUCUUUAUGAACUCCAUGACAUUCUGUGCGAGAUUCAAGCUGUGAAAGCAACCGUUGAGUAUUCCUCAAUAUUCUCCUACUUGGAUUCCUCUUUAGGUAUCAAGCCCAUCGUCGAGAAACUACCAAAAGGUAUCCAGGACAAAUGGAUCAACAGAGUGGUUAGCUGCAAAAAGGACCGUAAAAUUAUUUUCCCUCCCUUCACAGAGUUUGUGAAGUUUAUAGGUGAAAUCAGCACCAUUCGAAAUGACCCAGGUCUGAUAUAUGAAACUGCUACCAACUGGAAUCAAGUUCGUAAGCCUAGCACAGGCAAACCACAAAAUGUGAUGAACAAUCAUAAGCCGAAAGGCCAGUAUAUCAUCUCUACACACAAGACCGAAAUCAGCCCUGGCAGUUUGAACGAUACCAAACGUACAUGUCUGAUUCACAAAGGCUCUAAACAUACCAUCAAUCAAUGUAAAGCAUUUAGACACAAGAACUUACAAGAGCGGAAGAAGAUUUUACGUGAUCAUAAUUUCUGUUUACGGUGUUGUGAUACAUCGGAUCAUUUUGCAAAAAACUGUCAUGCAAAGAUUGAAUGUGACUUAUGCAAAUCAACCACACACAGUUCAGCUCUUCACGUUGAAAACCAUAGCUACCAAAAUGAGGAUGCUAACAAUUCUGAGAGAAAGCAUGGCGAGGAGGUUGUCAGGGCGCGAUGUACAGACAUCUGUGGAGUACCUAAUUUUACAGGUAAAUCUUGUGCAAGGAUUGUCCCAGUACGUAUAUAUCCUCACAAUCAACCAGAGAAUGCAGUCCUUUCCUACGCGAUGCUUGAUGAUCAAAGCAACCGUACUUUAGGAAAAAGCUCAUUGUUUGAUCACUUCUCUAUUAACUCUUUACCUACGGAAUAUACCAUGGAAUCAUGCGCAGGAAAGUUGACUACUACUGGAAGAAUCGUUGAAGGUUUGAUAGUUGAAGGCAUUUAUGACAAAGUUCAACUACAGUUACCUCCUGUUUUGGAAUGUGAGAACAUGCCUGACAAUCAUGCUGAAAUUCCAACUCCCGACAUAGUUCUCCACUAUCCUCACAUGCGCGACAUAUCGGAUUAUCUACUUCCGUAUGACAAAUCUAUGCAUAUCAUGCUAUUAUUGGGUCGUGACUUACCUGAAGCUCACCAUGUCAUCGAACAGAGGAUAGGCCCGCCACGAUCACCCUUUGCACAAAGAUCGCCGUUAGGGUGGACUAUCAUCGGAAACGUGUGCUUAUCAGGUCAACACCAUCCGUCAGCAGUUGCUACAUAUAGAACUUGUAUCACUAGGAAUGGUCGACCAACAGGCUUAGAACCAUGUGAACAGGUGGUUUGCGUUAGAAAAGCCUCAGUGUUUAAAGAAAAACACAACCCCACACAAACAACAUUGAAUGUGUUCGAAACCACUACUCAGGACAACAAACCAGGACUAUCUAUUGAAGAUCGUCAGUUUUUGAAUAUCAUGGACAGUGAAUUCCAACUAAGCGAGGAAGGAAAAUGGAUUGCCCCAUUACCAUUCCGUGAGCCACAUGAUCAUAUGCCAGACAAUUACAAACUUGCUCUGCAUCGUGCCAAGUCGUUAGAUGCAUCACUGCAUAAAAAUCAAACCAAAAAACAACAUUUUCUGGACUUCAUGCAGAAAUUGUUUGACAAUAACCACAUUGAGAUUGCACCUUAUCUCCCUCCAGAAAGAGAGCGUUGGUACCUCCCACUCUUCGGGGUCUACCACCCUAGGAAGCCAGAGCAGAUUCGCGGAGUGUUUGACUCCUCAGCCAAACAUAUGAAUGUCUCGUUAAACGACCAGCUUCUCCAAGGUCCAGACCUUAUCAACAACCUUUUAGGUGUACUCAUUCGAUUCAGGAAGGAAAUGGUCGGCGUAGUUGCAGAUAUUCAACAAAUGUUUCAUUCAUUUCUAGUACAAGAAGAUCACCGCGACUACCUGAGAUUUCUCUGGCAUAAAGACAAUUUGAUGGAAAAUCCCCUUGUCACUUACCGUAUGCGUGCACAUGUUUUUGGCAACAAGUCUUCACCAUCUAUUGCUAUGUAUGGGUUACGGAGAAUUGGCGACUUGGCUGCAAAAACCCAUGGUGAUGACAUCAAAGAGUUUAUCAAAAAUGACUUUUAUGUUGAUGACGGGCUCAGGUCUUGUCCUUCAAGCCAAGAAGCUAUCAACUUGAUCAGCAAAACCCAAGAUGCCAUGAAAAUGCAUGGAGGCCUACGUCUACAUAAGUUCGCUUCCAACAGCAAAGCUGUAAUGGAUGCUUUCGAACCUGGAGACUUAGCUAAAGGUAUCGUCGAUAUGGAUUUUGAAAAGGACACGCCCACCCAGCGAAGCUUGGGCUUGCUGUGGGAUCUAGGAUCGGACUCAUUUAAGUUUAGCAUCUCAACCGAAACUAAAACUACAACACGCAGAGGAAUCCUUUCUGUGAUCAAUAGUCUGUAUGAUCCUUUGGGAUUUAUCUCCCCUGUCACUUUGAACGGCAAACUAAUUCUCCGAAAGAUCGUAGCUUCCACAUGCGAUUGGGACGAUCCUUUGCCUGAUGAUUUGCUCACCGAAUGGAACGCUUGGAGUCGUACACUAUCUGAACUAGAGGAUUUGCGUCUACCUCGUGUCAUUGUACCAAAUCUCAGUACAGCUGUUUCCAAGGAACUAAGAAUCUAUUGCGAUGCUUCUGAACGCGCCAUCGCUGCUGUAUGCUUUCUACAUGUAACAUACCCGGAUAGUUCAUGUUCUACUGGAUUCGUAUUGGGGAAGGCCAAGCUCGCUCCGUCAAGUUGUACUACCAUUCCUAGACUAGAACUUUGCUCUGCAGUGUUAGCAGUAGAAAUAUCACAGAAUGUAGUCGACCAUCUCCAGAUUAGCUUAGACAACAUUCAGUUCUUCAGUGACAGCAAAGUUACGUUGGGUUAUAUCCACAACAACACUAAGAGAUUUUAUGUAUAUGUCGCCAAUCGCGUUGCAAAGAUCCGCAGCUAUACGGAGCCUUCUCAGUGGAAAUACAUCCGUUCAGAGAUGAAUCCGGCAGAUAUUGGAACCAGGGGGAUUCAACCUAGCGACCUUCAAGCAAGUGCUUGGUUACUCGGUCCAGCAGAUGAUGGUGAUUUGCAUCAUUUUCCAAGUACAUGUGAUUAUAACCUAGUGCAACCAGAAGAGGAUGUGGAGAUUCGUUCUCACAAAACUGAAGUUAAAGAAUUUGUACCAAGUGAAGGUCUUGGUUCAAAAGUGUUCGAGAAAUUUUCUGAUUGGAAUAGACUGAUUACUGCGUUGGCCGCAAUUCGUCGAAAGAUUCAGCAUUUCCUUGGUUUGAAACGUCAAAAUGGUUCAAGAUGUAUGAGUGCUGUUGAAUUGCUACUUGAAAUGGAACAUCAUGUCAUCAGAGAAGUCCAGUCAGUAACAUACUCGGAUGAGAUACGCUUGCUCAAGAACUCGAAACCUCUGAAUAGGUCUAGCCCUAUCGCGAGCCUCGAUCCAUUCAUUGAUGACCAGGGUCUUCUCAGAGUUGGAGGACGAUUAACAAAUCUAGGUUCCGACCUCCCCCUCACAACUCCUAUCAUCUUACCUGCCAAGCAUCAUAUCACUUUGCUCAUUGCUCGUAAAUGUCAUGAAGAGGUUCGUCAUCAGGGCAGACAUCUCACAGAAGGCCAUAUUCGUUCUGCUGGGUUUUGGGUUGUAGGCGCCAAAAGACUUGUGUCUUCCAUCAUCCACAAAUGCGUCAUUUGUAGAAAGCUACGAAAAUCAACCGAAACACAAAAGAUGUCGAGCUUACCUGUUGAUCGUAUAACUCUAGGGCAACCGCCAUUUACAUCCGUCGGCGUUGAUAUGUUUGGUCCAUUUGAAGUUGUUACUAGGAGAACUCGUGGAGGCUCUGCAAACAGCAAACGUUGGGGCGCUCUCUUCACGUGUCUUGUGACAAGGGCAGUGCAUAUUGAAACAGUGGAAGAAAUGUCCACUUCCUCGUUCAUAAAUGCUAUGCGACGCUUUAUAGCAAUUCGAGGGGAUGUACUCUUGUUCCGCUCUGAUAGAGGAACUAACUUUGUAGGGACAGCAAACGAGUUGAAGAUUAAUGUUGUCAAUGUAGAAGAUGGUCCAAUUCAUGAUUUCUUACUUCAGCAUCGUAUUUCUUGGAUCUUCAACCCCCCACAUUCCUCACACAUGGGAGGAGUGUGGGAAAGGAUGAUUGGAGCAACCCGCCGUAUAUUAGAAGCUAUGCUCCUACAACACAAAUCCUGUCUUACUCACGAGGUGCUCUCAACAUUCCUUGCUGAAGUUAGUCACAUCAUUAACUCAAGGCCAUUAGUCUCCGUGUCAACAGACCCCAACAAUCCAAUGAUCCUCACUCCGUCAACUCUACUUACACAAAAGCUCGGAUUUGAAAACCGUAUUUUAUUGGAUGUCGACAAAUUCGAUCGCAAUGACUUGCUUCGUAAGCACUGGAAAAGAGUCCAAAAUCUUGCCGCCAUAUUUUGGAAGCGUUACAAGGUUGAAUACUUAAACACCCUACAAAACCGCCGAAAAUGGACUGGGACUGAAAGAAACGUUUCUGUUGGUGACAUUGUGCUAUUGAAAGAUUCAGAAUUACCACGCAAUUGUUGGCCUAUGGGAAUCGUUACCAACAUCAUCCCAAGUUCGGACGACCUCGUGCGCAAAAUUCAAAUCAGAAUUUCUGUUGAAGGCAAACCAAAGACAUUUUUGCGUCCUAUAAGUGAAGUGAUUUUAUUACUAGAAAAUCAAAUGUGAAUCUUGUAACUCAUGAUGUAAGGUUAAUCUUUAGAUACACUGAGAGACUGUAGUCAUGUUUUUGUUGUAUUUAGUUGCUUACUUAUGUGUUCGAUAAACAUGUAUAGUGUAUUAAUUUUUCCUUUUGGAACUUGAUCAAAUGAUAUUUUCAAUAUCAGGCGAGGAGUGUGCCGGAACUCAAUCCGGAACUUUAUUUGUUACAGUUCUAAUUUUACUCUUGCUUUCAUAUUUCCCGCGUGAGAUCAGUUGUUUACUUUACCGAUGGAAUUUGGCUAUUUUUUCUCUAUCAGACAACAGUUUUUUCACCUGAUUGAAUAAAGGAAUUACUACUGUAAA